AUGGGACUAGGGACCAAACAGACUACAGUGACAGGGAUCAAGCUGCACAAUCAAUGCCUAAAGUCUGGUACCAGACAUUUUAGUAUGCUGGAUGACUUUGAAUCUGGCAAUACAAACUUAAAUGAUAUCAUAGAAAUACCUCUUGGAUCAGGUGACAAGUCUCUAGCAACAGGGAGUACAAGCGCUGGGCCUAAAAUGGAUGGUGAAGCCAUGCAGGGCUUCAAUUUCAAUGAGUACUUAGUGAAAUUUGCACUAAAUCGAUCCGUUGUAAUGGAUUAUACGUAUGGAAAUACUAUUCGGAAGUACUCGGAGGUUAAUUUAGACUUCAAUAAUGUAACGAAAACCACUGUGGAAGAGGAUGAAGAGGAAGACAAAGAUGGAGAUGAUUCACUUGAUUUGGAUACCCAGGUGCGGUCGAAUCACUUUGAUAACUAUAAGGACAGUAAGGAAGUGGUGGAGAUGGAUUUUGGCAGGGAUAUAAGGAAGUUUUUAGAUGAGAAAGACAAGGAGAAAAAAGAAUACUCCAAAGAAGAUGACAUAUAUGGCUUUAGUUUCACUCAGUCCUAUCAAUCCCGGCCAGAAAUAUACAACGAUGAUGCAUACUAUAGAAACCAGCAUCAGGAUAACGCAAAGAAAUCUCCAGGAAGAGUGUGCAGUCCUACACAUAGAAGAAAGACACGGCCUUGGAGGUCAAACAUCAAGGUGAGAAAAAACCUUCUCAAUUUGAUAGUGGAGUCAUCAGACGGGAGCCUGGAUGAUGCAACAAAAUACGCCACGGAAAUCAACUCGCAAAACUCUUCGGGUAUUCCACUACCAGAGAAGACGACGGAAUUGGUAACUAUACCCACCACGGGACAGAGUAUAGGAGGAAUAAGGAAGGCAGCAAUUGUAAGAGCUACCAUUGCAAAGGCUGGUGUUAGUGUCAGUGAGGGUGAAAUGCGGGUAAAGAAAGAAGAGGAGCAUGCAGGAUUUUAUACAGCAAAGGAGAAGAUGAAGUUUGUGAAGGCUAAAGAGAGUGUGAAUGUGGAUAAAGAGAAUGCGCCCGUCGUGUCCACGGGAAAUAAGGAGAGGUUGCUUACUCAGAGUGGAAGAGGAGUUAAGUGGGCCAGAACAUUGGAAUGGUAA